AGUCGGGCACUGUCACACAGUGUGCUCGAGUGGACGUAGUCACGCAAAGGUGUCGUAACCAGCAGGCCGGCUUUCCUCCCCCAGAUCUCCCAUAUAUGGCUCCUGGUAGAAACCUCAGCCAUGGUCUACAGGAAGUUAAGGAUGUUUGCACGUGUGAUGGUGCGGGCAGUGAACCUGCGGGUGGUGGUCACGUGGUCGGUGGCGGCGACGCUGCUGGUGCUGGUGGGACUAGCCAUGAGACACAACAACAACCAGGUGGAAGGUAACUUUUUGAGGACCGCCGCCAGACCCCUUGACGCCCUUCAGCGUGUACCACCAGAGCCUCUGGCCGAGCCUCGCCAACAAGAUGUUGUGGAAGGUAAUAAUAACAGAGUUGGUAGUGGGAAGCGGUGUGAUAGUGAGAAGUGGGUGGAAGGUUUACCGCCACUCUAUAUUAUCACCCCUACCUACCCCAGGGCAGAGCAGGUGCCAGAGCUCACACGCACUGGCCAGACGCUCAUGCAUGUUAACAAUGUGGUAUGGAUUGUUUCCGAGGAUGCUGCCGUGGCUACUAAGGCUGUGGUCCAAUACCUUAACGAGUCAAUUCUCAACACUAUUUACCUCCGUGUUCAGAUGCCAGUAAAAUACAAAAAAGUAAAAAAUAAGCCACGAGGAGUAGCCAACCGUAUGGCAGGACUAAACUGGAUUCGUGAACACGCCAAGGAUGGAGUCUUGUAUUUUGCAGAUGAUGACAACACGUACGACAUUCGCAUCUUUCAGCAGAUGAGAUGGACUCGUAAAGUAUCAAUGUUUCCAGUCGGAUUGGUAACAAAACUUGGAGUUUCCACACCUAUUGUCAAAGAAGGAAAAGUGGUUGGUUUCUAUGAUGGCUGGAUAGCCAAGCGAAAGUUCCCUGUGGACAUGGCUGGGUUUGCUGUUAAUGUGCAAUACCUUUUGGAGAGACCCUUAGCUUCUAUGCCCUAUAAAGUUGGCUAUGAAGAAGAUGGCUUUAUGAAGAGUCUGGGUAUUAAAGCAUCAGAAAUAGAGCCACUUGCAUUUAACUGCACAAAGAUAUGGGUGUGGCAUACACAGACAAAGAAGAAUGAACCUGCUAUACCAGUUAAUCGAACGAGAGCUACUUUUGGUUCUAACCUUGACAUCAUUAGUGAACAAUUGUGGAGGGGCACUGGAACUAAUUCAUAGAAAAGACAAGAAAUGAUAUACUGUACAGUACUGUACUGUACUGUACAGUACAGUACAGGGUAAUUGAAAAAAAUUAAGAAGGGAAUAAAAACAAUAAGGAGGAGUAUUUGCUAAAAUGCCAAAAAUUUAUGCAAGACUUCACAUAAUCCUUGCUAAACCAUGGUUAUUUAAGCAUCACCCAUAUUUUUGCUUUCUUGUAUUGUUUUAGUUAGGAAUCCAUGACCUUACCAUAUAGCCAAAAGAUUCCAGGAAUACCCCAGUUAUCGCAAAGGAUGCAUUCCUAAAAGUCAUUGUAAAUAACGAAUUUGCAACUUUCACCACAUAUUUAUUUUUAUAUACAGUACACUCAUUAUCCAAGGCUAUUGGAGACCAGGGUCACAUGUAUACAUGUGGUGUCUGAGGUCUCCAACCCUAUUCUCUCCUCCCACAAUCUGUGGGCUAACUACUGCACAUGUAAGAAAUGUUUAUUCUUUUUUAUGUUUUUUACCUUAUGAUUAUCUUUUUUUUUUUUUUUUUUUUCCCACCUUCUGUAUGUGCCCACCCGGGCACAGAUCACUGACCCACAUCGGGGCCUGGGGGGCGAAAAUGUAAUAAUAAUAAUAAUACGUAAUACAAAAAGCAGGUUAUGCUUUGCAAACAUUGAAUAUGGGUGUUAAAAUAUCAAUUGCAGGCGAGAUGGAUUGCAAAUAGCGAGGUAUUCCUGUAUUGUAGAAGUACAGCAUAUACUCUAUCCUUUCUAUUUGACAUCCCUUUCACAACCUUCUGACAGUUCAGCUCAUCUUUUCCCCAGAAGGGAAGUCUUCCUCCAGAUCAUAUAAAUUGCAUUUUUCAUAUUAUUUAUUAUAAAUAAAGAAAAUAUUGUAUUGAUAUUUAUUGAUAUAGGAAGGUAAAAAUUAAACCCAUUUAUCACUGGGAAAUAUUUGUUAUUAAAAGCUCUUGCUAAACAAUCUGCUUUAUCACUAUCUUCCUCCCCACUGUUGUACAGUAAAUAUUUGCGUAGUUCAUGUUGACACAUUCAUCACUUCGGAAAAUAGCUUUACUAAAUCCCUUGCAUUUAAUAUGACCUAUUUGUUUGACUUUAUAACCUUAUAUGAAAUAUUUUUGAAAGCUGCAUCAUUGGAACUGAAGAGAGUUUUGGAAUAGGGCUCAUUAACCUGCCUUAGUAAUGAAGAUUUAUAUAUAAGAAAUUUCCAAUAGAAACCAUGUAGUACACAUAGUCCCUGACCUGCAAAGGUUUAGUUUAUGAAAAUCUGAUGAGUGUUCACACCAUGUAAACAAAGCGGCAGGAAUUUAGGAUAACUCGGUAACUCAUAAGGGGUUGACCGUGGGAUUUUUAUUUUUUUGGAGAUUGGAAAUCAUUAUAUAUUACCGCAUUAAUAUAUUUAUUAUAGAUGUUGACUUAGCGUUUCAUACCUCACACUUGUUUCAAAUUAUUAAUGGACAGUACUGUACUGUAUUGCAUGUACAGUAGUACUACACUGGUAUUUCACUUAACUGGUAUUAUAUUUAUUAUUGGUUUAUAAUCAUUGUGUACACCAAAAAAUACUAAUUUAAAAUUUAUUUGUCAUAUAAUUAGAUAUAUGUUUUGUGGAAGUAUAUUUUUCUGUAGGAAUGUACUACUAUCGCAAAUUUUAUAAUGGGAGUCUAUGGGGAAUUGUCAUUCAAUUUACAAAACUAAUUAAAUAUUAAAGGGUUCUGUUCCCGAAUGUCUGUAAAUAUAUGAGGUGCUCCAAACCACAAUCUGUAGAGCACCAAAAAUAAGAAACAGAAAAAAAUGCAUAACUUUUGAACCAAUAUUUUAUAUAUAUAUAUAUAUAUUUUUUUUUGCUAUUACAGAUUAUCAUUCCUUUAAAAAAAAUAUGUAAAACUCCUGUUAACCAUUAGCUUCAAUAAAUCCCCACAACAUUAUUAAAAAAAAUGCAUUAUCAAAGACAGGAAUAAGAAUAAAGAGGAAGGCAAAAACAAUAGUCAACACUCACAAUCUGCUCCCUGACUCACCCAUGGGAUAGAGAAAGGCUGAGGGAAUGUAGUGGUGUAAAUAAAUAGCUUUUGGGCAGACUGGUGCUUGGGAAGUCGUAGUCUGGAGUGUCUUGUAUAAACUUCAUUUUAGGUAAUACUAAAACAUGAAAUAGCUACUGCUUUAAGGACUUCAUUAUGAAAAAAUUAGCCAUAAACACACUGAGAAAACUGCCUCGAGUCCAAAGUGUUACUAGCCUCAGGCCCUACGGGUUGAGUGUGUUGUUGACUGUGAUAUGGUUUUCUCUUAUGAUUUUAAAAUUACUUUUUAAGAAUAUUUUUGUGUUUGAAAGAAAACAGAAAUUAAAUAGUAUACAAAUGUGAAUUUUUCUAUAUGGGAAAAAUUCAGUACAUUUAAUGAGUUAUCAAUUAAAAUGUUCAAGUGCCACAGUGUGACAUAAUAAUAGUGGACAGUAUUUCAUGUUGUUAUACAAGUACUGUACAGGAUAUAGUGCUUCAGCAAAUUACUUGUAUUAGCCACCUAGGGGCAUGGUAGAUACAGUAGUAUUAAAAUGCCCCUGGCAAGGACUGCACAACAGUAGGGAUGAAAUGGUUUUGAAAAUUUGUUUUAUGUAGGUAAAAUACCUUAAGUUAUUGUAUACAUUGCAGUAAUAUGUGUACCAUAGUUUUGUUUUUGUUUUUUAUAAAUUGAACCACCAUGUUCAUUUGACUGGCAGAAAACAGUGUUACUGCUUGUGCUGGUAGUUGUCUAUGUUCCACUUGUCAUACUGUGGUGCAAGUUGAUUACUCCCAAUCUGGGUUUUGAAAUUGCUAAAUCUCGUUCACAAGUUGCUUUUAUAUUAAUGUAUAAUAAAGAUUAUUUGACUAAGA